ACACAGGUUCCCACAAACAUUUACUGUUUAGUUUCUAUUAACGGAGGCCCAUGUUAAUUUAGCGCCACCAUGUCGAAAGAUAAAACAUUAAUUGCUAAAAAAGAAAUAUACGGUACACUGCGUUCCUGUAAUUUCUUUAUUCGUAGAAUUGGAUUGUCGUUUGUUGACAAAAAACCAAAUACGUUUUUACAAAAAAUUAACGUUUUAUCAUCUUUUAUAACAGCAUCAUCAUUUGUGGCACUUAUGUUGAUUAGUGAAUACGUAUAUAUUGUUUAUUUAUUAGCGAAAUCAGUAACAUUGGAGAAACUUAUGGGGAGUUAUUUGCAUAUUGCUGGAUACGAUACAAUGAGUUUUGGAAAAUUAUUGACCAUUUGGUACAAGAAAAAUACAUUUCGGCGGGUGGUCAACGAUCUUGCAGACAUUUGGCCUGUUGAUGAGAAAAAUCCUGAAGCGGUUGCUAUUAAAAAUAAAUGCCUGUCAACAUUGCGAUCAAGACAAUCGUUAUAUAUCUUCUGGAACGUACUAGGAGUGUGGUUAUACAAUUUGACUCCAGUGGCGUUACAUUUGUAUCGUUUAGCCAGAGGAAUACCCUCAGAUCUGGGCUUUGUAUGGCAAAUGUAUUAUCCUUUUGACAAAACAAAACCGAUCGUACACGAAUUUGUGUAUAUAUUUGAAACUGCCUCUGGACUAUAUUCAGUGUGUUGUAUGUUAAGUUCUGACGUAUUCUUCAUAACUAUGGCAAGUCAUAUUAGUAUGAUGUUGCGAAUACUGCAAGUUAAAAUAAGGAGUCUCGGUGUGGUAGAAUCUGCCGACGGUAAACUCAUUGGGGGAUUGCAUAAUUGUUAUGAUGAAAUAAUCGAUCUGAUUAAUGUACAUCAGAGGUUAAUCAGAUAUGGAAAUGAUUUGGAGGAUGCGUUCUCUGUGGUGAACUUGAUAAAUGUUCUACUGAGCUCUGUAAACAUUUGUUGUGUUAUGUUUAGUAUUAUAUUUCUAGAACCGCUGAUGGAAAUGGGCAAUAAGUUCUUUAUUGCAGCUGCAUUAACACAAAUGGGAGUCGUGUGUUGGUAUGCUGACGACAUAUACAGAGCUAGUGUCGGCGUGUCGGACGCGGUUUUUGCGAGUGGAUGGUACAAUUGCAACCCUCGGUGUCGACGCGCAUUACUUCUCAUGCUUCAGAGAUCUCAAAGACCACUUUAUUUCACUGCAUUGAAAUUUAGCUCUAUUACAUUGAAUACUUUUAGAUCAAUUCUUACAACGUCCUACUCAUAUUUUACGCUUCUAUAUACAUCGUAUCGUCGACAUUAAUUAUCUACAUUAGUGUAGACAAAUGACAAAGUAUUAUAAAAAGUGAACAAAAAAAAAAGGAAAAUAUGCCUACAAUGCGAAUAAUGUAUGAGUAACUUCUUUUUUAACAACCAUUUACCUGCAGAGAUGUCUAGAUCGAUUACUUCAUUUUUAAUAUUUAACCAUGUUUUGUUUAUUUGCAACUAGAUAUUGAAAAUAAAUAUUUGAGAUUCACCUCUAUUUAAGUUUUCACAGGUAUAUACGAGUAUGUCGCGAAACUAAUAAUUUUGCUGUUGUAUACAUUUAAAAUACUUACCUAUCUACUUCAUUUAUGUAAACAAUUAGUAUUAUAUAAAUUAUAUAUUAUAUGUUAUUAA